AUGCCGCCCCACGAAGUCAUCUACGCGAAGUACCCUGGCGAGGUCUCCUGCAAAGGCGACAAGAUAACGUCGAAGCGGAACGGGAGGUCGUUCAGCGUCUGUGCGGACAAAGUGACCGUGCACAUCGUCGGAGGCGCGAACGUCUAUGGGCGCAUACACGGCGGACUGGUCCUCGACGGCCACUAUGACGGCGCAUUCAAUCUCGAGUGGACCAACGACGUCCGGUACCGCUGCGUUCUUCUGCACCGCAUGUCACACGGGCUCAGAAUUUCGGGGAUGAACAACGUGGGUGACGCCAGGGACGUCAUAGGCGGCUGGUCUGAUGACGAUGAUUGUUUUGACGCAGAGUUUCGUUCGCGUGCCCUGGGGGUCGCGAAGGACGGGACAGCUCCGACCGAGAAAAUCGCGUACCUGCUGAUGAAGGCCAUCCGAGAGGACCUGGCCAAGGACGUCGUCGUCAACCCGCGCCGCAUUACGGCAUCAGACACCAACUGUGUUAUCUUUCCGCUGCACGUGGCGCUCCGCACCGGAGCACUUCGUGCCGAGAAGCUCCUGACCGUGGUUCGUGGCUUCGUGGCACGGCGCGCGCAGGAGGCACGGCGCGCGCAGGAGGCGCGACGCGCGGAGGCACGACGCGCAGAAGCACGUCGCGCGGAGGAGGCGCGACGCGCAGAAGCACGUCGCGCGGAGGAGGCACGGCGCGCGCAGGAGGCACGGCGCGCGCAGGAGGCACGGCGCGCGCAGGAGGCGCGACUAGAAAAGGAGAGGGAGGCGCUGCGGUGCGCAGAGGCAGAACUGCGGCUGCAGAAUUGCGCAGCGCAGGGGGCAGGCAUCACCGUGAGCGCGCAGUAG